AGGGACUGGGGACUGAGGAGGCAUAUUUAAGAAGCGAAAACGAAUAAUAACCAGGAAAACCAAGAGAGGAAGAACAAGAAGGCAAAUACUAAGAAUUCCUAACAGUGAUUUUGGUGUCGACUCAAUUCUCAAUAAUCAGUUUUCUUUUCCCAUGAAGCGUAAGGAUAUCGAUGAUGAUUUCUCUUUCCUUCCACGCUCCACAAAAUCUAGGAGACUGGAUGGUGGUGACUUGCUAUCAAUCAUGGAGGAGGAUCCAAGUACUAGGGUUCCUCUGCGACUAGAACAUCAAGAGAGGCCCCUUCCAACCACUACCAACAAUACCCAAUCAAAUGCCUCCUUUGUUGAUACAAUGCCUUCAUCCCAAGUGAGCGCCAUCCUGCUCUAUAAUUCAUCCAACACCCCGUUUCUCAAAUCUCCUACUUCAACAGACUUAUCCAUCGUCAUUGAUUCUGCCUUAUAUCCAGGUUUAAAGGAUCGUUUACUUUAUCCAGGGGAUUCACGGGCAGUGAAAUCAAUGGAGGAUAAAGCAACGGAUAAUGGAAGCAGCAGCGGACCAAAUGACUGCUUGCCUGUUGUUCCUUGGGUUGCACCUCAACUUCCAUUACCCUCUGGAACAGAGACAGAAAUUACUGCCCCCUUGCAGCCAACGGAAGCAGAAGAUAUGGACAGUGAAAUGAUGGAUGCAGAAGAGAGCAGUGUUAGUAACUUUGCAGGGAAAGGUUUUCAGGAUGGUGAAAUGGUGGAAGGAACUGAAGCAUUUCAGCUGUGGCAGCAGCAACAGCAACAGCAACAGCAACAGCACUGUUUGAUGCCACAGUUCCGUCAGAACAUGAAUACUCCAGUUACUUGGUAACAAAUUGGUUGAGUUGCCUUAACGCUUGGAUUUUGGUAAUCUUGAUUUGUCCUUAGUUGGUACAUAUAGAACAGAGGACAUGGGCACUGAACCCCUGAACAGAUUUAGAUGAUACCCCUAGUUUUUCAGAGAGAAACUUGUGUAGAUUUCUUGUAGGAUGAAUUUGUUCAAUCAACAUAAUUGUCUGUACCAGCAUUCAGCAGUGUAUUAUCUUGCUAAGGUUCUGGUGCGGGGAACUGUUGAUUUCUAACAUUUACUUCUCAAUUCCACAAAUGAUAUUAGAAUGCAACUUGAAACUUUGGGGACCCUGCCCCAGGCGGAGGUUAAGUGCUUAUUUUGAAUGUUAAUUCUGGUUUAGUCCAA